GCGGUGCUCCUUCCGCUGCUUGCGAGAUGGUCAAUUCGAGUCGUUGUUUCAAUGUCCAUUUACUCGAUAUCGCAUCAUGUGGAUGGGCUGCGAACCCAGCAUCUUCAAGCAUGACUCCUUAUAUUCCAUACCACAACUACCAUUUCCCCUACACAGCCCCUGGACGCUCGCCAAACGCACGUCUUCGACUCCUAUCGAACGAUGUUUGCAUACUCUGCAACCCCGGACGGCGGCCGUAGUCCUCGGCCAGCGUCCCCCACAGAUACUGCAACUUCCAGCAGUAGCGAGAUUACGCUGUCAGCAGCUGAUCAACGCAACAUCAUCCGUCUGUUGCAGUGUCCUGUCUGCUCGCAAAUACUGGAGGAGCCCGUCGCUCUCCCGUGUGGUAGCGCGGUCUGCCAACGCUGCCUACCGAACCCCCGUGCGCGAAGAAACAUCACCUACCCAAAGGGUAUCGCCAGAGCAUCCCGCAUCAGCUGUCCCAUCUCAGCCUGCCGAAGGGACCAUGCCGCAGACGACUGUAAGCUCGACAUCGUCGUGCGUCUCGCCGUCAACGGGGUGACGUACGCACUGGAGAAGACUAUCAUCGACGCCGAGGCGGCCCAACCAAAGGUUCCAUCGCUGGAUGGGAGCCUCAUCCUUGUAUACAUGUUGGUCCGAGAGGGGUUGCUGAAGUACUGUGAGGACCGCGUGUUCUACCUACCAAGCUCCGAGACGGACGGAUGUACCGCCUUUGAUGACGAAGCACUGGAGCAAAUAAGGACAACGACAAAGGGGUACGUCGCCUGCCGGGUGUGCAUGUAUAUGUUGCACGAUCCCGUCACGACUCCCUGCGGCCACACCUUUUGCCGUCUAUGCUUGGAGCAGCUCCCCGACGAAAACAGGCGCUGCCCCCAGUGUGGCCGGGAGUUGUUGAUACGGCCUGACAGGUGUCCUCCAAACGCGGUCCUGGCCAAGAUGCUGAAGUCGUUCUGGCCUGACCUCACCGAGGUGCGGCAGGACGAGGUCGCGAAGGUCCGGCGCGACUGGCAAAGGACACAGGUUGAUGAGAUGUUGAUGCAUCACCAUGAUGGGGUGAUAUUUCCCGGGGUGCGCAAUCAGAUCCUUGUGGACAAGCCGGGCUACUGGAGCAAGGUGCACGCGCAUGAAGAACCAGUGCCCAGCCUAUUGGGUGUGGUCGCCCGCACAAGAGAAGCCGGCGAUCUCUCAAGGGUUGGCACAGCGGUUCACCUCGUUUACAUUGCGCCCUUCGACUCUACCCGUUUACAACUCGUCGUAGAUGGUGUCUGGAGGUUCUCGGUUCUUGAAAACUAUUACGCCGACGGUCACCACCGCGCCAGGGUUCGACGCUUACACGACAUCGGUGUUGCAGAGGAGCAGGAAGAGGAGGCCAUCGAGACGUCACCCUGCAGUUCGAGGUUGACAUCCAGGGCGGACAUCGACCGAGUCCCAACGGACUUCCUCCUCAGGUACGCCGUCGACCUCAUCAAAUACAACAUAAAGGCCAGGCCCAAGUGGUCCUAUCAUAUGGACAAAUACGCCAUGUCCUACGACGAAGAAGAUCCUCCCGCAGACCCAGUCAAGUUGCCCUGGUGGUUCGCCAACUUCAACGUCAGCGUCAGCACUUCCGACAAGCUAGAACUACUCGUCUGUCCUAGCGUGCGGGAACGGCUGAAGAUGUGCUGGGAUUGGUUGUUCGACUGCGGGCUGGGGCCACCGGUCGAUUCCGCCUGGUUAUCUUGGUCGAAUGUGCGUCAUCAGCGGUGCGCUACCUUGUAGUCAUCUGCCUUGGUGAGUGCUGCACUAAUAAGGAAUGCGGAAUGUUUGUUUUGCUUUUACAUAGAGAGGGUCACUACGGAUGGGAUACUCUGAGUUCGUUUUAGCCAACACAUGUUAUCAAAGCAUGGGUAGUAGCCCUGGCCCGCGAGCCCAGGGAGACAGCGUCUAGAUCUCCUUUAUUUCGAAUAGCGAUUACGGCCC